UUUAUUUGUUUGCAUCGCACUUUGCCACUUUACAACAGUGAUACAUACCGUUGAAAGGUACUGAACAUGGCCGGGGUGUUAGCGAAGAAAGCUGUCACUUACGUGAAGAGCAAAGAGUUUCGACAAUACCUAUGCAGCACACACUUCUGGGGUCCAGUGGCCAACUGGGGACUCCCUCUGGCAGCCCUUGGGGACCUGAAGAAGGAUCCAGAGAUUAUUAGUGGAAAGAUGACCUUAGCUCUGGCUAUCUACUCCAUGCUGUUCAUGAGGUUCGCUAUCAAGGUCCAGCCUCGCAACAUGCUACUGUUCUCCUGUCACAUUACUAACGAGUUUGCUCAACUAACUCAGUUAGCACGCUUCAUGAACUUCCACUAUUUUUCUGAUGCAUCAAAGAGGAAGAAGAUUGAAGCCAACCCCGAAUCAGCAGACGUGAAGAACCUCCAAGAGUCAAAGCCACAUAUAUCUUCCUCCUCCCCGUAACGUGUGCUUGUUGACAGACACUCGGUAGUUACAUCUUCCUGCUGGAGCCCCUCCCACCGAUACACUGAUCCUUACGUCAUCAACUUUAUGUGUAACUUUACACCUGUGCCACACGCUGUGCUGCUAUUCAUCAAACUUUACAGUCAGAUCAUUGCCUUUGAGAUCGUGAAAAUGUUUCCAGUGUUUCUUCACACAAUUGUGUCUGGUAACUAAACAAUUGUGUUUGAAAUAUCACACAAGCUGUUGUGUCAAUAAGGACAGAGUUGACAUGGAUUUUGACUGAUUUCUUCUCUUGGUCUGACAGUUCAGUACAUAUGAUGAAUGUUCCAGUAACUCUUCCAAAGUUUUACAAAACAGUAAAGAAGUCAACUCUUGUCUUCAGGUAUGUGUACAUUACUCCUGGAACUUCUUUACAAAAGGUUUUUGGACACUUUCGGUGUGUGAUUGUAUACUCAUACAGGCUUAUUGCUACAGUCAGUGUGUAAUGUUACAGUUUAACAUGGUUGUUGCAGCAUACCAAAGCUGUAGAGUUACACUGUAUGGGUGAUGCUACACACUAGAUCUGUAGUGUUACAGUGUAACAUGGGUGUUGCAGCAUACCAGAGCUGUAGAGUUACACUGUAACAUGGGUGAUGCUACACACUCGAUCUGUAGUGUUACAGUGUAACAUGGGUGUUGCAGCAUACCAGAGCUGUAGAGUUACACUGUAACAUGGGUGUUGCGGCACACUCGAUCUGUAGUGAUACACUGUAACAUGGGUGGUGCUACACACCAGGGCCCCGUUUCACAAAGCUAUCAUAGCUAAGUCUAUGUUACAGUAUAGGAGUUACGACAGUCGUAGCACUACAAUCGCUUUGAGGAAGGGGGCCCAGAUCUCUAGUGAUACACUGUAACAGGGAUAUUGCAGCAUGCUAGAUCUGUUGAGUUACAGUGUAACAUGGAUGAUGCUACACACUAGAUCUUUAGUACUACAAUGUUUAGUGGGUACAUUUACCUGGACUGCGACCCAUUCUUACCUGGAUAUUGUUACACACCAAAGGCUAAUGUUACACUGUAACAUGGGUAGACAGACAUCUAUGAGCAUCUUAAGAUGUUGGGACAUAUUUGUGUAUCUCCAGUGAAACUGAUUCCUCAUAAUUUUGUUCCAGUUACAAAUUAAUGUUCUGUAAAAAAUGAUCCAAAGGGACUGUUGAGAGUGUAUGAUGGAAUGUUUGUGAAGUUGACAGGAAGAUGUAACUAUCGAUGUACCACACUGAUGAGGCCGUGUGAUAGAGGGACAACUGUUCAAGAUGUCAUGUCCAUCCUCUUUUAAAAUUAGUAAUUUACGGUGACUUUUUCUUAGCCAGAGGUUAAACCUUAUGAGUGAGAGGUUGUACAUUUGUUGGUUUUGUUAUUUUAUAGACGUGUAUAAUUAUUUUCAGAUGUUGAUUGUUGGUACAGAACACAGGGGAUUCGUUUUCAACCUGUGCUAGCUGUAUCCAGAACAUAUACUGAACACAAAAAGUAAGGGAUCAUGGAUAUUUUGGAGCAUAGAUUUAUGAAGCAUGUGCUCAGACUGAACCACAACAAAAUGUCCCUUAUGUUUAUACCUCAGUGAAUAUAGUUUCGGACAUGGCUCAGAUAUGUUGAGCAUGUUAUGAACCCUGUCAGAACAUGGUUCUCUUGAGGGCUGAUGAUAUUAAUCAAGACAGUAUUUAGAGAUGAAAGUUGGUGCUCAACAAGACACAAGUUGUUGAUAUUUAACACACAUCAGUUUUAUCAAUGGUCCAAGUAAUCUUGCAUCAUUCAGAUAUCCCACUUAUUGCUCUAUCUCCUAGUGGGUACAUUGUCAUGUUCUUGUAAGAAGGGCAGUUUUGUGUUGCUGAAAGUAAACAUUUCCAUUUUCAAGUUUACUCAUGUGUAUUCUCAGUGGCCACAUCUAUGGUUUCAAACUUAUGUGAAAUCAUACCUGUUAAAAGUUUUAUAUAUAGUACAACUUUUGAAGUUUUUGAAAAAGUGAUAUGAAUUUCUCUUACUUCAUGUAUAUUUCUGGUAUCCAUCUUGAUUUGGAUUCAGUUGAAACAGAAAUGGGGCGAUGGGGUAGCCUAGUGGUUAAAGCGUUGGCUCGUCACGCCGAAGACCCGGGUUCGAAUCCCCACAUGGGUACAAUGUGAAGCCCAUAUCUGGUGUCCCCGGCCGUGAUGUUGCUGGAAUAUUGCUAAAAGCGGCAUAAAACCAAACUCAGUCAGUCAGUCAAACAGAAAUGAACCUGUGUUUAAGUUAUCUCUCAAUACGCAAUGUCAGCUGUUGUAAGAACAAUGAAACAUAUCAAACAUAUCACAGUAUCCCAAUGAGUGUAAUCUUAGUAUCUGCUUUGCAUUUGUUUGGUUCUAAAUCAUGUUUCUUGGAAAAAGUCAAGUAUGUAGAACUGAUAUUGACAUGACUUCAAUUUUGAUUAUGAUUUGGAACAUGGUGGCCUAACUUAUGGUUGUGGGUUUGAAUCCUGGAUCCAUGGUCAUGUUUUCUUGGCUUAUAUGGUUUCAGCGGAGUGCAACACUUCGGGUUUCCCUCCGACAAGCCUGACAUGAUGUGAUAUAACUGAAAUACUCACACUCAGCUAUCAGCAGAAGAUAUUACACAGCGUCUUUUCGAAAGCAUCUUGUGAGAGUAUUCACACCAAAAUUGUUUACGUUUGAUUAUCUCCACCAGUCUGUAUUUAAUAGUCAUUCCGAAAACCUAGCAUGAAUAACUUGCAACAAACAACUCAGAGUGCAUGUAUAGUAUUUUCCAUUUGGCCCAAAAUAUCAUUUAAGCUAACCUCCAACUGCCUCUACUGCAAAUACUUACCUGUAAUUAGUUAUUCCAGGUGUAAUCAGACACAGAGAGUUAUAUUCUUUCCUUAAACAUGGCUGCAGAGACUUGUCAAGUGUGGGCGUGAAGUCCUACGAAAAGUCUGGUACAGUUCUUUGUGUUGUGUUGAAGAAUCCCUGUAGCAAAAGGAAUUGUGAAAAACCAAAGAGGAUUGGUUGUAUAGAAUGUUGACAAUUAUCAAUGAAUAAUCAGGUCUUGCUUGUUAGAACAGUUGUUACUCAGUCAAAAUGUACAAUGUAUACACUCUUGCCAAAGCUAAUGAGUAUAUUGUUUCAUGUUGUUUCUACUUUUUGUUUUUAACAAGCAUUUAUCAUAUUUAAUUUAAAGCUAUUAACAUAUAGUCAUAAUGGUAUUAAUAUUUAUGUGUGGAAUAUUGCAAACAAACUUACAGGUUGGAAGCUGUGUAUUCAGAAAAGGCAGCCGUCUCUACUAAUAUAUUACAGAACUCUCUCUUGUGGUUUUAAGCGCACAAAAUGGCAAACAAUGGUGACAGGAAUACUGAUGCUAUUCUGCAGAUGGUGUAGAAAGUAAAAAAUGAGCUUACAUUGUUACAAGCAGUACUGUUUUGCUUGUGAAGACAUUUUUUUGUAUUUUUGGCUUCUUAUUUUAUACAUUAAGCAUGCACAUUUUAUUGAUAUGGAAACGCAAGGAUGCUUCUCAUUGAUCUAAUUUCUGAGCACUUUUCUGCAUGAGAUAAAGUUUUGUUCUUUUCAUUAAGCUGUAUGUGGUGGAAAUGGGUUUUCAUUAGUCUGCUUUGCUUUAUAUUAAUACCACCUAGCUUUGGAAUUGUUGUAUCCUUCAUACAGUGCAUGGUAAUCUGACAAUUAUACAUUCAGUAAGGCUGGAUAUGCUAAUUUCUAAAUGGGCUAGAAAUGCCAUUUUUCAAAUUUAAUCAGGAACAAUUCCAGUGAAUUUGACAAUCUGAAAUUGUUUGACAAAGAGUACAUAUAAUCCUGUCUGGUCUAUAAUCCUGCCUCUUGUUGUUGUGAUUUGAAUCACGACAGUUAUUAACCAGUGAAAUGAGAGGGAAUAAACAGUGUAUCUGGAUAUAUUCAAGAGCAUUGCCUUCUUGCCAGAACAUCAGUGCCAUAGUGCUGUAUUACAGGGGACUCAGCUCAAGCAAACUGGUAGUCUCAGCAAAUUGUCAGUCCCCCAAACACAAAACAAGUUUAUGCUAGUUCUGUUGUUAUGAUUAUUAAUAUUUACACAGAGACAGUAUCACAAUGUUAAUGUAUCAAGAACUGUUCAGAUUCGAGACCUACAAGUUUUGUCCACUUUUAAAGUUUACUGCCAGCUGACCUGUAAAAAUAUCUUAUUCAGUCGUAUUUAUCCCCCAUGUAUGUUUGUUUGGUGUGAGCUAUAUGUACAUAGCAGACUGCAGUACAGUAUUAUAUGAAGUUUCAUGUUUGUUAGUUGGAUUGACUAAUAUCGUUAAAAAUAGAAUCUGUUUCUCUGAUGUGAUACAACUGUGCAUGAAUAUGUUAGCAUAUCUCUUGAGGUCAGAUUUGGUGAACUGUGACUGUCUUAUUGACAGAAGCAUUGUUUUUUGAGUCAAUCAAAUGUUAGCUUUCUAAAUAAGUUGCUUUCAAUUAUUUACCACUUUAAUUCAGAAAUGUUGAUCUUCACAAAAGAAAUUGCCACAGAACACAAAUGUACCUUUUGUACUACGCCAUUGUGAAUGUUGAUACUAGGAUGCUUGGAAAGAGGAUGUAAUAAAUAUUCCCAAUAUGACUUAAGAUAUCCCAAACGAAAUAAUAGUGACUAGCCUAAUAAUAUUCUAUUUCAAAGAAAUCAGAUCUACUUGUCUGAAAGCUUUACUGACAUCUGCAAAGAAUUUAGAGUGAGUGAGUGAGUGAGUUUAGUUUUACGCCACUUUUAGCUAUAUUCCAACUUGACUUGACUUCUUCACACAGACGUAUGUUUACAUUCUUGCUAGUCUAAUGCAUAUUGAUUAAUGGCUUCGUACAACACAAGCAGGAUUAGGUAGAUGCUCUGUAGUACUUGGGCUAUGUACAGAGUGAACUUUCAACAUUAUUUUGUACAGUCACAGACAUAACUACCUCGUCUAUUGUGACUCAGCCACUCAUGGCCAUAAUCCCUAAAUUCUUGGUAAAAGUUGCUUUUGUUUACAAUAACCUAUGUUUAUAAUGAACAGUUAUAACAAAUUGACGAAUAUUACCAUAACCAACUGCUCUGUUUUUCUUGCCACUUGUAUGUUUAGUCCAAAUUCAUAUAAUGAACAAUGGUUAUACCGAACCGAAACUAGUGGUCCUUCUGAAAUUGUCAUUAUUCAUAGCUUACUGUAUGUUUUCUUUUCAUUCUGCAGUCCACAGUCACAUCAGAUAAAGCUAAGUUUGCAGGGAAGGAGAAAACAUAUAAGCCAGAUUCUAAUGCUAGAUGAACUAUGAUUGGUAGAAUUCCGGGACAGUUGUUUAUGUAAAUGGUUGAAUGCAGUGAACGAUGUGAAUGAUGAUGGUUGGGGUUUGGUUUGCUACAACAAUGCAUCACUGUUUCAUCUACUUACUCAUUCAUAGUUACACAGAAAAUCAUCAGUUAACAAGUAGGUUGAAAUAAUGAGCAGUAAACCAAAUGGCUUGAUCAAAGACUUUAUUUGUAGGACUGAAAAUCAUAUGUUCUAACAUACCUUUGUGUGUUUAUCAAUCUUUAGUAGUGUUGUGAAUAGGGAUUACCUGAGGGGCAUUAUGAGCGUACUUUCAAAGCAGAAACAAUGAGAGAGUGUUUCAUCAUUUCCCCAUUUUUUUUUCAUUCACUACAUUUUUUCUCAAAUGAGAAUUCAUUUACCAGGAUCAGGUUUAUAUUGGGCUUUUUUAUAUUUAUGUUUUCCCAACUCAUAUUUAAUUGAGUUCAGCACUAGUGGCUGUGACUUUUAUUGACCCCAAUUUGACCCCAGUUUGAUCCCAGUUUGACAAGCUCAAGCCACAGCACAUAACAGAGUAAUAUAUAUUGUCAUAAGCUGAUCUUUAGUGCAAGGUGCAUAUCAGCAUGACCAACAUUGCACAUUUGUCUUAACACAUAAGUUUGAUUUCUGUGAUUGUUUGUUGAUUUAAGUCCUUCAUGGAAGAAGUGUAUGAGAUGCACACAUUCAGUCUGUAGAGCCCGGUGCCUCCUGGGACAAGGUAUGGUAAGGGCCUCCA